AUGGAUGACCUACUGACCGCCGUUGGAACCACCAGGCUGAAGCCCACUGUGGCCCUCGAGCAAUCUCCCACCACACCUGACCCAGCCGAGGAUCUUGGAGCUACCGGUGUAAGCUCUCCGGAUCAAGCCUUGGCGGCUCUGCGAGAUCAACCUGACGCACAAAAAUUACACCGCGUUUUGAGCUACCUCAAGGUGACAGCUAGGAAUUUAGGGGAUUUCAACAUCAGGGUUCCAGGGCCACUUUCCGCACAAAUUAUCAGCACGCUCGUGAACGACACCAUCCCAAAUUAUUGGGACGUGUGGCCAGCUACGUUCUCGUCUGAGGAUGACAAAGGCAUCCUCAUUGAGUGCCUAAAGAGCGUCAGUGGCCUUGGUGCCAUAGUUGCACGCCUGAAAGGCCUGGUCCAGGACUUUCAUCAGAAGCAGAGGCAGUCGGGCGGAAACUCUGAUAGCGCUGAGCAGCAAAUCAAAGUACUUUCUGAUACUUUGGCCAAUCUCCUACAAGAAAGCGUUAUUUUAGAUCUGUGGAGGGUCAUCCAAGACUUUACAAACGCUCCCACGCAGAGACAGAUCCUCUGGCGCGAACUUGUUUCUCUUCUCGCGGCUGGAAGGAUUGUGUCCGUUGCGGCUCAGGCAACGGAUUUGCUGAAGAGUACGACAAGUGCCCAGUCUGAUCCUUGGUAUGCUUCUGGGUCAAACUUCGCACUGUGGAUUGGACGUUCGACGGCUCUUUUUGUCAGUAAUGCCACAGAUUCAACUGGAUCAGAUGGUGCACUUCUUUUGGGGAAGUCCCUAACGCUUGGGUAUCCAGAUAAUGUUUUGUGGGAGUUCUUGUCACGAUUCCCUCUCCACGAUGCGACCAAGCUUCCAUUAUUGCAGCAAACUAUCCGAAAGCUUCGUGCACACGAGCAAAGACAGGUCCUCUUUACUCUUUUAAACGUCCUGUCGAGCAAACUCCUCGCGGUUCGGGAUGAAAACCUUAAAGAGACAUCGAGAGCCAUUUCAGCUUCUGUGGCGUUCCUACAGGCCGUCACGAACAGCAACGAUACCUUGAAAGAAAGUCUCACCCAAUGGCUCACAAACCCAACGGGCGGGUGUGCAAACGUGUCAUUCGGCGCGAGACGUGUUGCCGUAGCCGCCCUGCAAUCAGAUGAAGACAGGAUGUGUAAGGUCUUAGAGAGGAGUAUGGAGCAGUUUGGGGAUGAGCUCUUUAUCAGGCACACGCCGAUCCUACAGCAAGAAGCUUUGGCUCAAAUCCUCCUCAUGUCGUCAGGUUAUAUUCACCGCAUGCAACCGAUGCUCCUAUUCACCCUAGCACGGUCAAGCGUACAAAUGCGUGGCACCUCGAACCGUUUGGGGUCUUCCUCCCUGCGCGCCCGCUUCCUGGGAAUGAUCGUUGCUGCCGCCAUAUCUGAGCUCGUAGACAAGCCAGAGACCCAGCUCAACUUCGGCAUCCCUGAUACUGAAUCCGAAGAAGCAGGUUGGUUCAAACAACUUCCGCAAUUGAAUGAUUCGAUUGGCAGCGUCGAGGACUUUGAGCAAGUGGUGGCUGAGCGGACGACUCCGAUCACCAAGCAUUCACGUCCCCAAUUGCAGGAAAAGAAAAAGGCUGGACAUUCCUCGGAGAAACCGAAGAAGGGGCAUGCGGCAGCAGGACCGAAAAUCAUCGAGAUCAUGAGUGACUCAGACGAGGACGAAGAUCUCGUGCCUUAUGCGAAACCAGACUCUGAUCCAGAAGACGACUCGGAAGACCCAACCCAGGUCACCAGAAAUAGACCGACAGCACCGGUCUACAUACGUGACCUACUGGCGGGUCUUCGAGAAAGUGAGGACUACGAUCGCCACCAGCUUGCGCUGUCGACCGCAGCCAAUCUCAUUCGACGAAAGACAGGCUUCGGUAAAGAGGUCAAGGAUAACCUUGAAGAGCUUGCUUCCGUCUUAAUUGGCCUGAAUGAUCAGUUUGACCUGGAAAACUUCCAAGAUAUGCGCCAGCAGGCUUUGAUUGCUGUUGCGGUUGCCGAGCCAACACAAAUGGGGCCAUACUUGGUAAGAUGCUUUUACGCUGGCGAUUAUUCAAUCAGCCAACGUACCAGUAUACUUGCCGCCAUCGGUCUUGGCGCACGAGAGAUGGCCGGAUUCAAGGAGAGUGUGGACGAGUCAGAUUCAAGGCCGCGCGUGGACCAGAGCUUUCCCUCGAAAAUGCUUCCUGGGAAGUUGCACAGCAUCUAUUCGACCGAAGGUAAUGCGGUUGACGCCAUUACAAACAAGCUGAAGCAUACCAUGAUCUCGCCUCUGGCACUUGACGCUGCCGAUAAAGCAGCUGGGCCCAAUGCACUCAAAGUGCGCACCUUCUCGUCCCGCAUGGAGGUGGAGAAGAAACGUAGAAUCAUCACAAAUGAGCUCGCAAAGGUCGUGGCACAGAGCUUUUUCUUCCCGCUCACUGCUGGCUGGUGGACACACUCAAGAGCACUGGGCACAAGUAACAUCUACUACUCAGCUACGAUUCUGCCCCUCUUUCUUAAGACACUUGCCAUACUCCUGCAUUCCUCUGGGUCGUCCACCCUCUCUCUUCCACAGAUGACUUCGGAACUAUGGGAUUUGCUGCUUGCAGUCAGAGCGCCCGCUCUCUCAGACUCUGCCAUCCUUGAGGGAGUUCUCUUUGCUUUGCUAAUGCUGUUGGAGGUGAAUGAGAACCAGCAACGUCUUGUACACGAAAACGGCAGAGAGCUUCUGGAAACACAGGAAUGGGCAAAGAUGGUGUUUGAUCGCACUGGCGGAGGAAGUGGUGAGGAGGAGCGGGUCAGGACGCUUGCGGCGGGAGUACUCGUAAAGUGCGGGGAAGUGGUUGAAAAAUACCAAGGGUCGUUGAUGGGCGACAUGAUGGAUUUUUAG